AUGGCAAAACCAAGAACUGUCAAAGUGACUGCUGAUACUUCAGCUAAAGCAAAAAAGAAUGAAGAAAGUCAAGCUGUGAAGCACCAAAGCUCAAGUGAUGUUACCACUCCUCAGGCUUCAGACCUUUCAGACUCUGCUUUUGAUUACGAUGUUGAACGCAAUUGGUCGGUGAUUUUUAGUGAUGAUAAUUUCUCAACUGAUCAUGAUAUAAGAUCAAAUUAUUCUUCAUCAUCUGAAGAAUGGACUGCUUCUACCGGGAGAAGUAAUACAUCUGGUGUUAUCUCUGAAACUGAUGCUGAAACAAUGUCAGAUGCAGGCUCUUCCUUUUCAUCCCCAACUAACAAUAAGAAAAAAGAUCAUCAAUUUCCUAUUUUGAAUACCCAUGAUGAAGAGGUUGAUAAUUCUGUCACCACUUUAAAAGAACCAGCUUCUACUGAAGGAUCAUUUACAUUCCCUGAUCCUAUUAAGGUUGAAAAGAUGAAUUUGGAAUUACAAAAUAAAGUUAAUGAAGUUACCACUGAACCUUCAAUCUCUGAUAAACUCAAGAAUAACCUUCAAUUUGCUCAACUAUCUAAAUUAAUUUUGGCUGUUGCAUUACUUCUUGCUGUGGAAAUUGGUAGAAGUUAUAGCUCUGUUGGUGGAGAUUAUUCAUUGGUCCCAAGUUUAUUUUCAAAUAUCAAAGGUGCUGAGGAAACUAUCAAUACCCUGACCAUCAUUAGAUAUACUACUAAAACUGAAACACAAUAUAUUCCUGGUGAGACUGUUUACGUCGAAACUACUGUUCCUUAUGAAACUGUGAUACCAGAAAUUGAGUAUAAUAAUGAAGAUUUGGCUGAAAGAAAAGAAUCAUUGGACCUAAUUUAUGAUUUAUUUUCAAAUUGGAAAGAUGAUGGUAGUAAUGCAUGGAAAUACAUUUGGGAAGAAGCAAAUGAUGCAUUUGAUAGAGCAUCUGAAAAUGCUAAUAAAGUUGUUCAACAAACAAAAGAAUAUGAUUAUCAAGGUACAUAUGAUGAAUUUAAUUCUAGAGCUAGAGUAUUUUGGGAAGAUAAUUUUGAACCAACAUCAGAUUACUUGAGUGAGAAAUUCUUAGAUGUUGAAGAUAAAGUUACAACAGCUUAUCAUCGAGCAAUUUAUGAAAUAGCCUCAACUGACUAUAAAGGUAAAUUUGAAGCUGCAAAAGAUUUUUCUCUAGCAACAUGGGACAAAUCAUUAAAAUUAUUUGAAACUAUUGAUUCAUUAGGUUACUUUGAUCCUUUCAAUACUAAGGACACUAGAGAAAAACUGUUGAAGAAUGUUAAGACAUCUCUAAAAGAUUCUAAUAUCCCAUUGAGUUCAUUAACAGAUAAAUUUUGGGAAUCUUUGAAAGGUAAUUAUUAUAAGAAUUUAGGUCAAUCUAAAAAUACAGCUGACCAACUGAAGAAUGGAUUUUUUGAAAAGUUUCAAAACUUAAGAUUUGUUUUAAAGAAUUCUGGGAAGAAUGCUCGUUAUUAUUUACAAAAUGCUGAAGAAAAGCUGAGCCAUGGUGAAGCCUUUGGAUUCUGGUCUAAGUUUCAACAAUCAAAAUAUUUCAAAAGUGCAAGCUUUGCAAGUAAACAUCAUGCUUCUAAACUGAAAAGUCAUUAUUCCCAAUUGUUUGAAGAAUCAAGUACUUCUUCAUUGAAUCCGUUAUCAUGGUUCAAAAGAUGA